AUGGCUUCCCAAUCUACUCCUUCAAAGCAACUGAAAAUGAGCGACUCGCCAGUUAAGCAGCUCCAAUUCGACAUGACUGACAAAGAGAACGCUCCAUUGGCCUCCACUCCUGGCGUUGGCCUGAAAAAGGUCGACAUCGACACCAUCAAGCCCAGUGCCCCAGAAGAGCCAAAGAAGGCUCUCUCACCAAAAGAGCUUGAAGCAGAAGAGCCUUUGCUGCAGGAAAACCCUCAGCGAUUCGUUCUCUUCCCGUUGAAAUAUCACGAGAUUUGGCAAAUGUACAAAAAGGCCGAAGCAUCUUUCUGGACUGCUGAAGAGAUUGACCUGUCGAAGGAUCUUCACGACUGGAAUCACCGGUUGAACGAUGACGAGCGGUACUUCAUCUCUCGCGUCUUGGCUUUCUUCGCUGCUUCCGACGGUAUUGUCAACGAGAAUCUUGUUGAGCGAUUCAGCGGUGAAGUCCAGAUUCCAGAGGCUCGUUGCUUUUAUGGCUUCCAGAUCAUGAUGGAGAAUAUCCACUCUGAGACUUAUUCCCUCCUCAUCGACACAUAUAUCAAAGAGCCAAAGCAAAGAACCUACCUCUUCGAGGCUUUAGACAACAUUCCUUGCAUUCGUAAGAAGGCUGACUGGGCCAUUCGAUGGAUUCAAGACAAAGAUUCCACUUUCGCUCAGCGCCUGAUCGCUUUCGCCGCCGUUGAGGGUAUCUUCUUUAGCGGCUCUUUCGCUUCCAUUUUCUGGCUAAAGAAGCGUGGUCUUAUGCCUGGUCUUACCUUCUCGAACGAGUUGAUCUCUCGUGAUGAGGGUCUCCACACCGACUUUGCUUGCCUGCUCUUCUCCCACAUUCGUCACCGGCCUACUCCCGCAGCUGUUGAAGCUAUUAUCACAGAGGCGGUUGAGAUCGAGAAGGAGUUCUUGACCGAUGCCCUUCCGUGUGCCCUUCUCGGCAUGAACUCUAAGCUCAUGUGCCAGUAUAUCGAAUUCGUUGCUGACAGACUCCUUGUGGCCCUUGGCAACAAGAAGUUCUACCAUGCCACGAAUCCAUUCGAUUUUAUGGACAACAUUUCGCUGGCCGGCAAGACCAACUUCUUCGAGAAGCGUGUUGGUGAUUACCAGAAGGCCGGUGUGAUGGCUAGCACGCAGAAGAAAGACGAUACUGAGGAGGCGAUUGAGAACGGAGGAGCCUUCAAUUUCGAUGAAGAUUUCUAA